AUGGCAACCGGAGUAGCAGCGUGGCUUCCUUUUGCCCGCGCAGCUGCCAUCGGCUGGAUGCCAGUGGCCAAUUGCCCCAUGCCUAUUGCACCCAUCAAACAUACCAAGAAGCAGGAUGAGCUGAUUGUUCUUAAUGUCAGUGGGCGACGCUUCCAGACCUGGAGGACCACGCUGGACCGUUACCCUGACACCCUGCUUGGCAGCACUGAGAAAGAAUUCUUCUACAACGAAGACACCAAAGAGUACUUCUUCGACCGUGAUCCAGAUGCCUUCCGCAGCGUGCUUAAUUUCUAUCGAACUGGGAAGCUACAUUACCCCCGGCAUGAGUGCAUCUCGGCCUACGAUGAGGAGCUCGCCUUCUUCGGGAUCAUCCCAGAGAUCAUCGGUGACUGCUGUUAUGAAGAAUAUAAGGACCGCAAGCGGGAGAAUGUUGAACGCCUCAUGGACGACCAGGAGGAGAACAAAGAUACUAAGCUUCCCAAUAUGACCUUCCGACAGACCAUGUGGAGGGCCUUUGAGAACCCGCAUACUAGUACCAUGGCCCUGGUGUUCUACUAUGUUACCGGUUUCUUUAUCGCUGUUUCCGUCAUCACCAACGUGGUAGAGACUGUACCGUGUGGCUCUUCGCCAAGCCAGAAAGAAGUGCCAUGUGGCGAGCGCUACACCGUGGCCUUCUUCUGCAUGGACACGGCAUGUGUGAUGAUCUUCACUGUGGAGUACCUGCUUCGCCUGUUCGCCGCACCCAGUCGAUACCGCUUCAUGCGCUCAGUGAUGAGCAUCAUUGACGUAGUUGCCAUCCUGCCCUACUACAUUGGCCUGGUCAUGACCGACAACGAGGACGUCAGCGGCGCCUUCGUGACGCUUCGGGUCUUUCGGGUCUUUCGAAUCUUUAAGUUCUCGCGCCACUCUCAAGGUCUUCGCAUACUAGGAUACACACUGAAGAGCUGUGCCUCUGAGCUUGGGUUCCUACUUUUCUCCCUUACCAUGGCCAUCAUCAUCUUCGCCACAGUUAUGUUCUAUGCUGAGAAGGGAUCAAGCUCAAGCAAGUUUACUAGCAUUCCUGCGUCCUUUUGGUACACCAUCGUUACAAUGACCACACUCGGUUAUGGAGACAUGGUGCCGAAGACGAUUGCGGGGAAGAUUUUUGGCUCCAUCUGCUCCCUGAGCGGGGUUCUGGUAAUAGCCUUGCCCGUGCCCGUCAUCGUGUCCAACUUUAGCCGAAUAUAUCACCAGAACCAGAGAGCAGACAAGCGGCGUGCUCAGAAGAAAACACGCCUGGCCCGGAUAAGAAUAGCCAAGAAAGGGAGCUCAAACGCCUACUUGCAGAGCAAGCAUAACGGCCGUCUGAACGAGCUUCUGGAUCUGACCAACUCAGAAGAAGAGAACAUGAACAAGACCUCGUCGUUAUUAGAGAGCCAACACCACCAUCUACUGCACUGCCUGGAAAAGACCACCGCUCACGAGUUCGUGGACGAGCAGCUGUAUGCGCAGAACUCUGUGGAGGCGCAAGUACAGCUGCAGAACUUCCCCUCGCGCAGCCCCUCCAUCUCGAGUCACGAGGGCUCCGCGUGUACCUGCUGCACCCGCCGCUCGAGAAAACGGCUCGCCCUGCCCAACGCCAGCCUGUCCACUACACACACGCACGCGCACACGCAGGACCUGCAGGAGCUCAGCGCCAUCCACAUUCAGUGUGGCGAUCAGCCUAGCUUUGGCACAAGCAAUCGUUCCAGUCUCAACUUGAAGCCCAGUGAGAGGAGCCAACAGAUCACCACUGCCAUUAUCAGUCUGCCCUCACCAAGCUCAUUUAGCCCGGAUGGAGACUCCUCCAUCACUUCCGCCAUUGCCCCCAUCAUCAACACCACUUCCAGCACUGGCAUAGUGAAGGUCUCAGCCUUGUGA